GCGGAUGACCGACAGUCCUGUGUGAACCUUCGAUCCGAGUUAUUCUUUUAGUAGCAGUAGUCUGCUUCCUGGCAUAAGUUUUUUGCCUCAUUUGAUUGCCUUUUGUAUGAGUGCAGUAGGGCCAAGUGGUAGGGAAAAGGGGCAGUCAAAAAUGAUCACACGUGAAUGAGUAUAUUUUUUCAGCAGACUAUUACGGGUUAGAAACCUAUGUAUCGAAAAAGGAUAAUUUUGUUGUAGUUUGAUGUUCCUACUUGUGAGAAAGCAGGCAUUUGCAUUUCAAAGUUCCUGGUUGGAUAUUGUUGCGAGCCAUUCUGAUUUAGACGUUGCAUGUUUCAUAAUCUUUAUCGACUCGGAUUGACGAAGGAUAGCUCAUUGUGUGGGACUCGACGGGCUGAAACGAGAAAGCAACUACACAGAGCGUGUCAGUAGAGGUACCAUUGCCAAUGCUGAUCUUGGGGACAGCGACAAUUUGCGUGUUUCCAUCAGAGUAAAACACCCGGCAUCACCCACUCAACCGACAAUAGCCUGUGAUUUAGGGGAAAAAUUGUGCAGAUUCACAUCUAGUCUAUUAAGCUAUCGCCAUGAUCACGGAAUUGUACGCCUAUCUAACCAAUUUACCACGAUGGCACAUUUUUGCCAUAUUCCUCAUCGGAUAUCUAAUUUAUUAUCUCAUAGAGGUUGUUAAGCGACCGAUCCUGGCCGUAUCAAAUGGCCCGUUUAAAAAGUAUCUCCGCAAAAACAUUCCCAUCCUAGAGAUGAAGUUUUGGCCCACGUUCUGGUGCUUUGAGAGUCGGGCUCAAACAGUCUUUGCAAGCAUCAUCCGGUCCAAUAUGAUGCCGAACAUUGACUAUCGUCGAGAAGUGCUCACUCUGAAGGAUGGUGGCGAAGUCGCUUUGGAUUGGUUAGAAACCGACUGUGAUAGUGAGUCACCGUUGAUCAUAAUUCUGCCGGGAUUGACAGGUGAAUCACAGGCCGAAUAUAUCAAGUGCUUGGUGAUGGCAGCAAACCGCACCGGUAUCCGUACCGUCGUUUUUAACAACCGUGGGUUGGGAGGAAUCGAGCUGAAAACUCCUCGGCUCUACUGCGCGUCCAAUAGUGAAGAUCUGUCCGAAGUUAUUAGUCAUGUGAAGAAGUUAAAUCCGCACGUAAGAAUUGGUGCCACUGGCAUAUCCAUGGGUGGACUUAUCCUUGGGAAUUAUUUGGCGAACUACAGUGACGAAGCCAAGGCAAUUUUGACGGCAGCCAAAAUCAUUUCCGUCCCGUGGGAUGUUAACAAAGGUUCAGAUAGCAUUGAGCAGCCUUAUUUGAACAGUAUGCUUGGCCGUCAUUUAGCCGGAAGUUUAUGUCGAACCGUCAGAAAGUAUGACAUCUUAAGAAAUGAAGAAUUUGAUUGGGACAUGGAUGUAGUCUUACAGAGCAAAACCAUCAAAGAGUUCGAUUCUCAUUUUACGUCCAAACAUUUCGGGUACAAAGAUGUUCAUAGCUACUACGCACAGGCUACGUUGCACAAUAAAUUACACAAAAUUAAGGUACCUCUGCUAUGUCUAAGCGCAGCUGAUGAUCCAUUUCAACCUCUAGAUGCCAUCCCAAUUAAGGCAGCCGAGAAGUCGUCUCACGUCGCCAUUCUUAUUACGGCUCGCGGUGGCCAUAUUGGAUUCCUCGAAGGGUGGUGGCCAGCUAACAAAGACCAGUAUAUGGGUCGUCUAUUCAGCCAAUUCUUUUCGGCAGCCCUUUUCGAUUCAAAUAAUGAAUUCUAUCGCACUUCACAACUAAUGAUGGAGCUCAACCUACAGACCUCGACUUCGGUUCCGACCACGCCUAUCUCACGAUCAUCUAGUCCUAUUCGAAAGAAAUCCAUUCCGUUCUAAUAGUGGCGGAGACCUGUAUCAAGAAACUUUGAGCAAAUGCGUGAAAAGCGGACAAUUGUCCAGAUCGUGAACCAAAUGCGAUAGAUUUUGUGAUAAAGUUGAAAUUAAUUGCAUAAAAUAUUAUUGUUAUGGUUGCAAACUAAACCAAAUAUGAACAAAUUUCGAUUAUUGUUAUGAUAAGUAGACGCCAGUGACGAUUUUAUGCGCGAUGUGGUUUUCAACAAAAGUUUUAAAGAUUAUUAAAACACAAAUUGUUAUACUUUUGAACGAAAUUAUUGGAUUUUCAGCGUACCUACAUUUUUCAAGAAACAAGUUAAAGCUUUAAUGAAUAGUCGAAUGAAUGCCUUCGAAAAAAUAGCAAUAAUAGGUCAUUUCUGAAUUGAUUGAUACAAUAGUUCAAUUGGGUUUGACUCCAAUUAAAGACUUUCUUCAUCUUUCUGUAAUUAGAUAGCUACUGUUUAGGUGUUUAACCGUAUUCCAGGAAAACACAUCCUUUCCACUCUAGGGCCCUUUGUAAUUCCAAAAUUAGCAUAAAGUUUAAGUAGUAAAUAUGACUCACGAAUAAAAAUUUCAACCCUACUAUCGACUACACAUAUAACAUUGAACGCAAGAUUGCAAGUCGUGCUUGCAAAAACAGGUUAUUAAAAAAAAAACAAUCAAAGCAAUAAAAAGAUAAUUUUAAUUCACAUAUCACACAAACAAUUUUGAGUGAAAACAAAGUAGAAGAAAACAAUGCAACGAAGAUUAAAGUCAACUAAAUUCACGUGUAUACCUAGUUAUAUGUAUUAAUUAUUGGUUAUACUCCAAUCUGUUUAAAAUAUGUUAUGUGUAACUUGAACAAAAUAACUUUCAAUCAAAACAUAAAAGACAGCAAAUAAUCAAUACAGCGAACAGAGUGGAGCAGACAGCGAACAAUAACUUUUCCACUUCUUAAAUACCUAAAUCAUGCAUCUAAUUAAACAUAUAAAUUUUCGUAUCUUUCAAGCAACGUUUUUCUUUCUUCUUAGACAAGAAAAAAACAAUAGUGUUCAAAUGUUCGAGGCAGACUAGUAAUUAUACUCAAAAAUAAGAAACAAGUCAAAAGAACACAACAGAAACCAAAUGAACAAAAAAACAAAAAAAAAAAAAACAAAUGCAAUUCUCUCUCAAAGUCACUAUUUAGAUGAUGUUAAGUCAUGUACAAACUACUUGAAAAGAUAACUUUUUGUAAGUUAAUUGAUUAAGUAUUAAUUUCCUAGAAUAAAGUCAACCCAGUACAGUAUAACGAAAA